UCCACGGGACUACGUCUGAAAGAUUGUCUGGAUUAUUAUCGAACAAAUAUAGCACCGGCGCAAAAAACUUCACUUCUACAUCCAGGAGGAAGCGUGCCACGCGUAUUUUAUGGGAACGAAAAGCAGAAUGGGCGAAAUCUUCCAUCGCCACCAUCGAAUUUUUCAUGCAACCCCGAAAUGCCUGGCCAUUUGGCAGUAGCAACAACAACAGUUGGAGCAUUUCAACCAUCGCUUCUAGAAGCGCAACAACUUCCCGCUGCCUCACAGUUCACAUUUGCUACAAAGCAACAAGGGCAAAUUGGACAACAACAGCAACAGCCUGGAGUAGUUUCUCCCUCGAUGAGUACCACCUCUGCUCCGAUUUCCGCUCUGCCUCAGCAGCAGCAGCAGCUAUCUUACAGCAGCUCCCCGUUCGCGCCUGUCAAAAUACAUCCUGAUAAUGCUGCCGGUGCCUUCUUGGCGUCAGCUUCGUCUCCGGUUUUGCCACAACCGACGAUCCUACCACCACGCGUCAUUUUUGAUCUGAUGAGUUCGCCACUGGAUGUUUCAUUACCGGCACCACUAAUGCCAGUACCAGCCAGUGAUGGUGUCAUUAGCGAGCGGACCGAAAGUUCAUUUAUGAUCAUGCAAGGAGAUGCUGCAUAUCGCGACUCGCCGCAGAAUUUUACAGAUACUGAAGAAAUGCACUCAACGCAGACGACGUCCAACAUAAGUGAUGAAAGUACGACAGAGAUCAGCUUAUCGUCGUUACCGGCCUCCGUUACUGCCCAGUCACCUCGACCAGCAGCCGCAGUGGCCCCGAUUAUGCAAACAAAUAUGUCUGAUAAUUUUGCAACUGAUUUGACUACCCCUGUGACAAACAUAACUCCAUUACGUCAUGCGAAUCCUUCCGCCGUGCAGAAAGCAAUGGUUUGUUUUCAAUAA